GAGUUCGCCGAGGAGCCGCCCGCGCGCCGGCGUUUCCGGGGCAGCGGCGCCAUGAGGCUGUUCCCGCGCGCGCUGUGCAGCGCGGCCCGGGCCGCUUGGCGGGAGAGCUUCCCGCUGGCGGGUCGCGACGUGGCCCGCUGGUUCCCAGGCCACAUGGCCAAGGGGCUGAAGAAGAUGCAGAGUAGCUUGAAGCUGGUGGACUGCAUUAUCGAGGUUCAUGAUGCCCGGAUCCCACUUUCAGGCCGUAACCCUCUGUUUCAGGAAGCCCUUGGCAUCAAGCCUCACUUGCUUGUCCUCAACAAGAUGGACUUGGCAGAUCUGACGGAGCAGCAGAAAAUUCUGCAACACUUAGAAAGAGAAGGCUUAAAAAAUGUAAUCUUUACCGACUGUGUAAAGGAUGAAAAUAUCGACCAGAUCAUCCUGACAGUGACCGAAUUGAUUGGGUGCAGCUACCGCUAUCACCGAGGAGAGAAUCUGGAGUUCUGCCUCAUGGUGAUCGGGAUUCCCAACGUGGGCAAGUCCUCGCUCAUCAACUCCAUCAGGAGACGGCACCUGCGGAAAGGAAAAGCCACCAGGGUGGGUGGCCAGCCUGGGAUCACCAGAGCUGUGAUGUCCAGAAUUCAGGUGUGUGAGCGGCCACUCAUGUUCCUGUUGGACACUCCUGGGGUGCUGGCCCCCCGGAUUGAAAGCGUGGAGACCGGCCUGAAGCUGGCCCUGUGUGGAACGGUUUUGGACCACUUGGUGGGAGAGGAGACCAUGGCCGACUACCUCCUUUUCACCCUCAACCAGCACCAGCUCUUUGGGUACGUGCAGCACUACGGCCUGGGCGGUGCCUGUGACGACAUAGAGGAUGUGCUCAAGCAGGUGGCCGUGAGGCUGCGGAAGACCCAGAGGGUGAAGGUCCUCACAGGCUCUGGGCCUGUGAACGUUGUCCAGCCUAACUACACCGCGGCAGCUGGCGACUUCCUCCGGGCCUUCCGCAGUGGGUCCCUGGGCCCAGUGAUGCUCGACCGCGACGUCUUGCAGGGGCCUUGCUUGGCGGGGGCCCGGAGCUUCCCCCCGGCUGAGACAGAGCCCUGAAGGGCCCAGCUCUGGGAGGCCUCUGCUCCUGGGUGUGGGGUUGUGGCCUCUCCAGGGGCUCCAGGCCGGCCGCCGUAUCCUGAGGGCCUCUGCUUGGGGAAGGAGCACCCUGCUUGUCUGCCUUGCCACACCGUUCCAGCUCCAGUGUGGACGGGGCAGCAGCACCCCCUGCCCUGUGUGUGGGUGGGGUCUGGGGUGGACGGGGCAGCGGGCUUCCCGAGCCAUGUGCAUGUCUGACCAGGGAGGAGGUACAGCCUCAGCCUCUCCUAGAGAGGUAGAGAAACUCUGUGGUUGCAUUUGCAAUUCUUAAUUAAAAAGGCGUCUGUUGGCCUGCUCCCGUGCACCUGUGGUAUCUGGGGCUCACAGAAAGCUGCUCUCACAAAUGAAAAC